CUAACCUCAUUUUUAGCGAAAAGUGAACUUUAAACCUACAAAACAGGGCAAUUUACGUCAGAGGAUUACAACAAAGUAGACGUAGUUAUCCCUCAAGGUUAUAUUUAAAGAGGAGUAAUAACAGUAAAGUUCGCUUAGCAGAAGUUAAAACUAGGGAAUAUUUAAAAUAUAAAUUGAACGAAAAGUUACAAUGGAAGACCAAAUGAAAAGACCUAACUACAUAGACGUCGACGGUUUCCGUUUACCGGGCGCAUUCUCGCCAGAAGCAUUUCGUUCGGCAAUCAAGUAUAAACCAAAAAAAGGAGAAUUAUAUGUGGCAACGUAUCCGAAAUGUGGAACGACGUGGAUGCAAUGCAUAAUCAUGUGCAUCGUGCGAAAAGGGCGACCUAUCGCAAAUGCGUUGGAUUAUGCAAAGAACUCUCCUUUCAUAGAAUUUGCAGGAGCCGAUGCGUUAGACUACAUGGAAGACCCCGGAGCAAUUAAAACUCAUUUGCCUUUUAGUCUGACACCAUUUUCGCCCCACGCAAAAUAUAUUUACGUUGCAAGAAAUCCUAAAGAUUGCUGCGUUUCUUUUUACCAUCAUACAAAAAUGAUCGGUUUUUAUAACUUCAGCGAUGGCACUUUCGAUGAAUAUUUCGAACUUUUCGUCAAAGGCGAAACAGAUUUCGGAGAUUAUUUCGAUCAUCACUUAUCGUGGUACGAGCAUAAGGAUGAUCCCAACGUCUACUUCCUUACUUAUGAAGAUUUGAAAAGCGAUACUCGAGGAGAAGUAUUAAAGUUAGCAAAAUUUAUGGGAGAGGAGCAUUAUGAAACUUUAGUAAAUAAUCCGGAUAUUCUCGAUAAAGUUCUCGAGUAUAGUAGUGUCAGCUACAUGAAAAAAACAAUGAACGAAUCGUUUGAUGAUAUAUUUAUAAAAACCCCGGAUAAUCUUGAUAAUCUGCCGUCUGGAGUUAGGGCAUUUGCUGAAUAUAUGAAGAAACAUCCCCGUUUCUCAAUAAAAGUAGAUGGCCAGUUUAUUCGUAAAGGUAUAGUCGGAGAUUGGAAAAACCACUUCAGUCCCGAACAGGAAAGGAGAAUGGAAGAAAGAAUUAAAGAAAAAACAAAAGGUAGUGAUUUGAUGAAAAUAUGGAAUAAAUAAUUUUGUUAUUUGAAUAAUUUUAUUUCACGAUGGCAGUAAUAAAAUCAUAGAAACAAUAAAAUUUGAAAGAUUAUCCGAAAUGGUUUUUCAUCAUUUAGUGUACAAACAAUGUCUGAAAGUGUGAUUAUAUCUUUUGCGUACUCCAAAAAUAUGUAAGUUUUCAAACUAUAAUAAAAGUAAUUUUAAUAGAAAAGA